AUGAAAAACAUUGUGUUAUUUGGUUUGGUGUUGACCAUAGCGGCCGUCUACGCAAGAGACGUGCGGCAGAAACGAGAGGCAGAUCUAUUGGCGGCAGCUUCCCACCAUUGGGAGAAAGGUGGCGGUGAAACCUAUCAUGGUGACCAUCAUGGAGAACACGGAGAAGAAGCCGAGAAGGGCUACAAGGGAUAUCACGAAUCCGACAAAGGCAGAAAGGGACACUCCCUGCAUGAAGGACAUAAAGGUCAUUACGAUGAAAGCGGUGGACAUGAGAAAGGACACCACCAUGAUGAUGGCUACUUUGACGAACACCACCAGGGCGAGAAGGGCGAAAAGGGGCACAGUUUCGAAGAGAAGGGACAUUUCCAUAAAGGACACUCCACUAAGGGUCACAUUGGAGUUCACAAAUUAGAUGAGUUCAAGAAAGAUAAACACUUCCAUGAUAAGCACGGCGAGUCCGGUUUCGAGGAAGGCUAUGGCGGACACCACCACGAGGGCGGGUACAAGAAAGGCGGUGACUUCCACAAAGGGCACUCAGAAGGCGGUUUCCAGGAACAUGAAUUCGGAAAGAAGGGCCAUCACGAAAACGGGGGUUACCACAACGACCACAAAGGACACCACGAAGAAGCCGGCGACGAUGCGCACUGGGGGCACCACGCAGGGCAUGGCGACAAGGGUGCCCACGACGAACACAAACAUUGGGGCUGGGAAGGACACUAA